UGGCCUUGAGGAUCCCCUCUUCAGAGACACUGCCCCCUUUUCCCAACACAACACAGACUAAGACUGUGACACACGCACACACACACACACACACAAUACGCAUACAUAUAUACACACAAGCCUAAUACAAAAUUACUAAAUGGCCAAGACACAGGCUGAUCUGUGUCCCAUCUCUCGCCUCCAUGUCUCAGUCCUUGUUUAAGCAUCUGGUUAGUCAAUAGAUUGUGAUAAUAUAGUCAAUAGUAGUAGAAAGUAAUAGUAUUUAUUGUUUUUUUCUGGUGGUGGGUGGUGGAGAUGAAUAGGAGUGGUGGUGUUGAUGUUGGUGUUGGUGCGGGUGGUGCGGGUGGUGGUGGUGGUGGUGGGGCAGGGGGAGGUGUGAUGGGGGGAACAGGAGGGGUUUUGUCAAUGAGGUCUUCUCCAUUCACAGUUUCACAGUGGCAAGAAUUGGAACAUCAAGCUUUGAUUUUUAAGUACAUGAUGGCAGGUUUACCUGUGCCACAUGAUCUUGUGCUCCCCAUUCAGAAGAGUUUUGAGUCCAUUUCUCAUAGAUUCUUCCACCAUCCUACUGUGGGUUAUUGCUCCUUUUAUGGGAAGAAGGUUGACCCGGAGCCGGGAAGAUGCAGGAGGACCGAUGGCAAGAAGUGGAGGUGCUCCAAAGAUGCAUACCCGGACUCUAAGUAUUGUGAGCGCCACAUGCACCGUGGCCGCAACCGUUCAAGAAAGCCUGUGGAAUCACAAACCAUGACACAGUCAUCAUCCACUGUGACAUCACUGACUGUUACUGGAAGCAGCAGCACGACUGGAAGCUUCCAGAGCCUUCCUUUGCAUGCCUUUGGUAAUCUCCAGGGCACUGGUUCUGGAACAAACCAAUCCCACUAUAGCAUGGACUCCAUUCCAUAUGGAAUCCCGAGCAAAGAUUACAGGUAUGUUCAAGGACUUAAGUCUGAGGUUGGUGAGCAUAGUUUCUUCUCUGAAGCUUCAGGAAGCAAUAGGGGUGUUCAAAUGGACUCACAGCUCGAGAAUGCGUGGCCGCUGAUGCAAUCCAGAGUCUCAACAUUCAAUGUAUCAAAAUCAACUGAUAACUCAAUUUUGCAGAACGGUUAUCCCCAGAGUUCAUAUUUCAGUGGUGAAUUUGGCACUGGGGAAUCUGUGAAACAGGGGGGUCAGUCUCUUCGACCCUUCUUGGAUGAAUGGCCUAAGACUCGGGACUCUUGGUCAGGCCUUGAAGAUGACAGAUCCAAUCCAACCUCAUUCUCUACGACCCGCCUUUCAAUAUCCACUCCCAUGGCUUCAUCUGAUUUGUCCACCCCAAGUUCUCGUUCACCACAUGAUAACUGAGAAGGUUUGGCAAGUUAAAGAGUGGGACCUUCUUGCAGGGAAUGUUCUGGCAAAUUGUAGCAAUAUUUAACAUUGUGUGUAUGCUCGGAAAAAAAAAAAAAAACAUCGAGCCCCCCACAUGCUUUUCAUUUUCUAUCAUGGUUAAACUGUUGUGGAUUUUCUUGCAUAGAUGUUUGUGUAAUGCUACGCUGGAAAGGUUUGGAAACUCCAGGUUUUUAGUUGUGGAAUAAAACAAACUCAAGAUGUGGUGCUUUGUUGUAUUCAAUCAAAAGGGCAGCGAUUUUUUUGACUUUCA